UGGGAGAAAAUGGUGGUCUGGGAGGGGAGGAAGGCAGUGUUGGUGGUGUGGGAGUAAGUGGUGGUCUAGGAGGAGGAAGUGAAGGCAGUGGAGGAAGUGAAGGCAGUGGAGGAAGGCAAGAUGGCAGUGGAGGCAGUGGUGGUAUGGGAGGAGGAAGGGAAGGCAGUGGUGGCAGUGGUGUAGGAAGUGCAGCAGCAAGUUCGUCUUUAAGUAGGGUGAUAAAGUUGGUGAGUCAACGGAUAAAAAUGUUGAGUGAUGAUGGUGAUUGUGAUGGUGGACCUAGUACAUCGAGGUAUGAGUGGGGAUUUGCAUUCGAUCCCCUGUUGUUGGAGACAAUUUAGGUCCUGAAAGCUCUGCGCCGGGAAACUUGGAAACCAUAUCAGGAAGCUUAGGAAGCUUGUCGCGAACAAAAGGAUCAUCGAAAGUGAAGAAGAGUAGGAGGAAGCGGGUUACAAGAGCCAGUGCAAGGAUACGUGAUAAGGAAUUUAAUGUUCAACUUAUACCUAGAGAGUAUCCAAACUUCAAGUCAAAGCUAAUGAAGUUUAUUUAUGAUGAAAAACCGGAUGCCAAUGCGGAAGAAGUCGUAAUGGUAAAAUGUGGGACAUUGGUUGCUACCUUAGAAGAAUGCAAGACAGUGCUUGGUGGCACACAAUGCGUUCACGAGAAUUACGUAAGGGUGGCUGGUGCAAUGUAUACGCGCAUGUGGCGGAGGAAAUUUGGAAACUCUAGUAUACGUUUUAUGAUCGAUCCUACAUUUGCGGCUCGGGUAUUUGAGAAUGUGCGGAGGUCGGGAGAUUGGAACGAUUGUCGUGAAAUUGGAUGUGCUGUUGCUAAAGGAUUUAAGGGAGUUCACGCCAAUCGUAUAUUUGGGGUCUUUGUUCCAGUUUUGGAAGACAGAAAAUGGUGGUGUGCUGCAUUUUCUGUUAACAGUGAGGAGGUGUGGGUCAUAGAUGCACACCGUCCAAAUUCAUUGGAGCACCAUGCAAAGGCCAUUGAGGAAUUGGCGAUUAGGGUUGAUAUUCUGUUCUCAAGCUUUGAAGGGCAAUGGUUACCUGGGCAAAUAACAAAAUGGGAGAGGAAGGCAGUGAAUAUGGACGACGCCCAUAGUGAAUGCCUGCUAAUAUAAAGGAGGAAAGGAAGUGGCUGCUUACAGAAGAUUUGCUUUGUGAAGGCAAUGAGCAAGAUAAGGUGAAGAAGAUGAUCGGUAGUAAAGUAUGGGGGUAGUAGUAAAGUUAGGCCUUUAAAAGACAUGUUGGGUUCUAUAGGACGCAAAGGGUUUGGGGUCAGGACGCAAAGGGUGGUGUGAAUAUUUGGGUAAUAUAUGAGAUAUCGUGUGUUUUUUUUGGGGGUAAGCUAUGCCAUAUCGUACGUGGGCAUACUUGUUAAGUGGCCAUAUGUUUUUAUUUAUAAUUUUGGUGUAAAAUGUUUAAAUGUUUAAAUGUUUGUUUAGGUGGACA